CAUUACACGCAUUCAGUUGUACUUUAAACAGAAAGUGACAUCUGUAAAGCACUUAAUGCACAGAACCUAGUGGUCCAUCUGUUAUGGAGGCGUGUGUGCGCCUACGUUUCCCAGAGUGCACUGCGCCUCAGCGGACCCCGCCUUUCGCUGUCCAUAACUUCGGUCUCGUCGCCUUUCAGUUUGCAGUGAUUUGGAUGCUUGGCUUCAGCUAUGUGAGUCGGUCCUGACGCACCUCGCCCUGCACCACCAGUGGCUCCUCUUCAUCAUCACCGAGAGGGAAAGCGGAACCCCCCUAUUUAACGGCGUUCCCGUCGUUCCCCGGAGCGGAAAAUGCCCACUGGCUUGUCCGGGCCAGAGCCAGUUCAGCGAAAAUCCUUUCCCACGUAGGCGCAUCGGAGAAAACGAGUCUUCAGGCUGUUGUCAAUGACAGGCGGCUGUUAAGAUUGUGUCCACAAUUACCCACUGAGCUACAUGGCUGCACGACUGUGGCCUGGCAUGUGAAGUUAACGGCGAGGACGGACAGGGAUGCUUUGUAGCUAACAGCGCUAGCGUCAACUGGACCAGAGCUAGGUCGGAAAGCACGGAUUAUUAACGCGCUAAGUGGUCGGUCGUUUGGACUCUUUGUUCUGUUUAAAGCACUCCCCGUCUCACAGCGAGUGCUACAUACAACGUUAUACGCGCAGGCAAAGUGCACAGAAUGCCUCAGUGUCGGUGAAUAUGUUAGCUGCUCGUUCGUACAGCUAGCUAGCUAGCUGUGCUGGUCAGCAACUUCAUAACCAAAGCCAAAUGCCUACAGAUUAGCUAGUCGCUGGCACAAGACUGCAGGGACUGUUCAACACUAAUACACUAAUGGUUUUGCUCUGCUAAAAACCUACUACGGGUGAAAAGGGUGCUGCUCUUUGACGUGUUUACCCACAAACUCGCAGCUGGCGUGAGAGCGGCACUGAUUGAAGCCGUGCAUCCACACGCGCGUGCCAUCGUUUACCAUGGAGGGAAAUGCGCAGCAGAAGAUCACUCCUCUAGCUCGGGAGCUGACGAGGACGUUUAACAGCUACAACAAGCACUCCAUCCAGCUGAGGAAGAACCUCAAGGAGACCAACGCGUUCUUCCGCGAAAUAAGGCAGAAUUACAGCAAUGCUUGUGCGUCCACCAUGAGCUCGGCGUCAGCCUCUCUGGAAGCAGGUCAGCUCAGCUGCAUCUCUUUCCCUAGCCAUGAGGAAGAGUUUCUACGCAACACAGUGGGUGCUGCCCCAUACAUUGUGAUAUUGGGCCAAGACUGUCCUGCCCGCUACCAGCUGCUUAACUUCCUUCUGGGGGAGAGGCUUUUGCCUCUGGGCCCUGAGGCUGGUGAGCCUUGUGAAGGAGUCCAGGGAAUUGUGUGCAAGAGACGAAAGCUGUGUUUCACCCAUGGGAGACAGACUAGGCUCAGCUUGGCACUGCCUGGCCAGUAUGAGCUGGUGCACCAGUUGGCAGCGAACUGCGGCCGCUGGGAUACAGUGCCCCAGGAGGACUUGGAGAUCCACGAAGAUUGCGAGGACCCAGCUCAUCGGCUAGCAGAGCUAGAGAUUACCCUGCAUCAUCCACUGCUACAGGAAGCAAAGGUCAUGGUGGUGCCUUGUCCUAGUGUUCAACCUCUGGAGGAGGCCCUUGAGGACUGCACUCGCAGUGUGAUCCCCAUCGUCCUCUAUGCCAUCAACAAAGACUCUCUAAGCACAAAGCAGGUGGCUGAGCUGUGGAAGGUCAAAGAGAUGCUCCCCUUUCCCAUCUGUUUUCUUCGCAUCCCUGACACCACGCCAGCCGCCUCCCCAGACACGGGCCGUCGCGUGGAGAAGGAAAAAGAGAGAGAGAAGAGCGCCCUCCAUAAGCAGCUGCUGUCUCUGGGUUUCAUAAGUAGCCCAACGGGAAACUGCUCCUGUGGCGCCCCUACUCAGGCGCCCAUCCCAGGUGCCAAGCCCCAGAGCAUGUUGGGAGAGGCGUUCGAAAGGCUGCAUCGAUUGUUGGUGCCGUUUGCUCGCCAGGUGCUCCAAAACCAGCAGGUGGAGGCUGCCAACCUGCUUAAUGGGAUCCACUGUCGCUGUCUAGAUCUCUUCAUCAACCAGGCCUUUGACAUGCAGAGGGACCUGCAGAUAACUCCCCGCAGGCUGGAGUACACCCGUGAGAAAGAAGGCGAACUCUUCACCUCCCUUAUGGCCAUUGCUAACCGCAAACAGGAAGAGAUGAAGGAAAUGAUUGUGGAGACACUCAGCAGCAUGAAAGAUCAGUUACUGGAGGAUGCUGCCAACCUGGAGUUUACAGACAUCAUCGUAACAACUAAUGGAGGUCCUGUUACAUCAAAGGAGAUCAAAUCCUGCAUCCAUCAGAUCCAGGAGCUGAUUGUGGUCCGUCUAAAUCAGGCUGUGGCCAGUAAGCUGAUAAGCUCUGUGGACUACCUGAGGGAAAGCUUUGUAGGAACUCUGGAGCGAUGUCUCAACAGUCUGGAGAAGUCAACAAAUGAUUCCUCUGCUCACAACAUUACUUCCAAUCACCUCAAACAGUUGUUAAAUGCUGCCUAUCACGUGGAGGUCACCUUUCAUUCAGGAUCCUCUGUCACACGACUCGUCUGGGAGCAAAUCAAACAGAUCAUCCACAGGAUAACCUUCGUGAACCCUCCUGCCAUCACUCCAGAGUGGAAGCGGAAAGUAGCACAGGAUGCCAUAGAAAGUCUGAGUGCUGCCAAACUGGCCCGAAGCAUCUGCUCCCAGUUCAGAACCCGCCUGAACAGCUCCCACGAAGCCUUUGCGGCAUCGCUGCGCCAGCUGGAGGAAGGGCACACGGGGCGCCUGGAACGCACCGAGGACCUGUGGCUGCGUGUGAGGAAGGACCACGCCCCUCGGCUGGCCCGCCUGUCUCUGGAGAGCCGCUCCCUCAGGGAUGUGCUGCUGCAUGGUAAACCUAAGCUGGGGCGAGAGCUGGGUCGUGGCCAGUAUGGAGUUGUGUACCUGUGUGAUAGUUGGGGUGGACACUACCCAUGUGCCCUGAAGUCUGUGGUGCCGCCCGACGACAAACACUGGAACGACCUGGCAUUAGAGUUUCACUACACGAGGUCCCUGUCCAAACACGAGCGGCUGGUGGACCUUCACGGCUCUGUGAUCGAUCACACCUAUGGAGGCGGCUCCAGCAUCGCCGUGCUGCUGAUCAUGGAACGGCUGCACAGAGACCUCUACACAGGCUUGAAGGCUGGUUUAUCACUGAGGGAGAGGCUUCAGAUUGCCCUGGAUGUGGUCGAGGGGAUUCGCUUCCUACACAGUCAGGGCCUGUUGCACAGAGACAUAAAGCUGAAAAAUGUUUUGUUGGACAAACAAAAUCGUGCCAAGAUCACAGACCUGGGCUUUUGUAAACCGGAGGCCAUGAUGUCAGGUAGCAUUGUUGGGACCCCCAUCCACAUGGCUCCAGAGCUGUUUACAGGAAAGUACGAUAACUCUGUUGACGUCUACGCUUUUGGGAUCCUUUUCUGGUAUCUCUGCACGGGUUCAGUGAAGCUCCCAGAAGCUUUUGAGAAAUGCUCCAGCAAGGACCAACUUUGGACUAAUGUUAAAAGAGGUUCCAGGCCAGAGCGGCUGCCCACGUUUGAUGAGGAGUGCUGGCAGCUGAUGGAGGCCUGCUGGAACGGCGACCCUUCUCAGAGGCCCCUGCUCGGCAUCGUCGAGCCCAGUUUGAAGAGCAUCAUGGAUCGGCUCUGCAACUGUGACUCGGAACAGAAAAGCAGCAGCCUCGAGGACUCAAACUGAAAAAACACUCCAAGCUGAAAAACACUCCAAGCUAACACACAUGUAAUUGAAAUCCACUCCACAAAAGUAUUUUUGUUGUAUUUAUGAAAAAAAAGAACUGAACAGGUGACAGAUGGAAAACUUCUCCUUGUGCACAAUUGUUGGAUUGACCUUAUUUAUGGGGAGUUGAUAAAGAAGUUCACAAAUGUGUGUUUUAUUUUUUUGUGCUCUGGUAUUUGUCUUCAUACUGUACGUUUUGCUUUUGCUGUGCUAAUUGCUGCUUGGUGAUAGAAUUGUUACUAGAUGCAAAUUGUUUUUAAAAAGUAGUCCAUUCUCAGUGUUAUGAAAAAAGAUAAAUAUAUGAAAGAAUAAUUUUAGACUGUAUUUAAACUGAACAUACCUGCACCUGUACAAAUGUCUCUAAUUUUUUUUUUUUAAAUAAAAUGAUCUGUUACAACAAACAUUA